AUGCGUGUACAACUACAACGAAAUACAUCGGCUGGUAAUUUUGCAAAACAAUUAAUGGAUAUUGGAAAUGGGCGAAUGCAAAUUGAUGAUUCUACACAAUGUAUCACCUUGCCAGCAAACUUCUGUAGGAUCACAGAAAGCAUAGCCGAAUUGGUGCAAAAGAAUGGAAUACCCGGCGAAACGACAAUAUAUAAGUCCAUCGAUACUGUGGUGAAUCAAGACGAAGUUGUCAACUAUCCAACUGAAUUCUUGAAUUCGCUUGAUUUGCCAGGCAUGCCACUGCACGUUCUAACAUUGAAAAUUGGCGUACCCAUCAUUCUUCUUCGAAGCAUAAGUCCACCACGACUUUGCAACGGAACCAGACUCUCAGUCAAGAAAAUGAUGAACAAUGUUAUCGAAGCAACAAUUUUGAUUGGAAAAUUCAAAGGCGAAGUCGUACGGUUGCCGCGCAUUCCAAUGAUCCCGACAGAUAUGCCAUUCGAAUUCAAACGUUUGCAGUUCCCGGUGCGACUCGCUUUCGCAAUGACUAUCAACAAAGCACAAGCACAAUCGUUGCAAGUGUGUGGAUUAAAUUUGGAGAAUCCAUGCUUCUCAGCAGCGCUAUGUGGCCUGCUCACGCGUCGGAAAACCUUCCGAUUUAUUCGUUUACGCACCAGAUGGAAAAACAAAAAAUAUUGUGUAUCCCACAGCACUUCAAUAAAUAUCGAAUUGAAACGAAACGCUGCAAUGUCAGAAUUUUUUCAAAAUGAACAAAAUCAAUAA